UCUAUCGAAGUUGCUUCGCAAUGAACUCUGCAACGUUUGGAGCAGUUUCCUUCGCAUCCUUCCCAAGUCCACGGACCUUAUCAAUUUCAAGAUCUCAGUUGGGAGUUUCUAUGAUGCCAACUUACAUGAAAGCUUUCAAGGUUAGGGCUUCUCUCCUUGAUUUCCCUCUCGCAAGCAGAAUCCUCGUUAAGAAUUUGCCGUAUUCUAUUAGUGAAACGAAUUUGAGUCAGGAAUUUUCAAAUUUUGGUCAGGUAGUUGAAGUUAAGCUUGUCAAAGAUGAAGCCACACAGAGGUCAAAAGGAUAUGCAUUUGUGCAAUAUACUUCUCAAAAUGAGGCCAUGCUUGCACUAGAAAGCAUGGAUCACAAGUCUAUUGAUGGCAGGGUAAUUUAUGUGGAACUUGCGAAACCUGUGAAUAAUGCAUUUGGUUCAUACCCCAUAACUUCAGGCCCCCCUUCUGAGCAGAAUUCAUAGAAGCAAACUGGGCAAAGAAAAGCAUGACCUGUGGUUCAACUUAGUGGUGCUUAUGCUGUAACUGGAAGAAUUUUCUACCU